AUGGGCUACAAAGGCUCCAGCAAUGGACCCCUCUCCAAUGUGGAAGAAUAUGGGGACGGGCAAGAUGAACGACGCGAGUCGAGUCGUGACUAUGCCGAACCACUCGAACUGCCAGAAUUACCGCAGCUCGACUUUGGAGACCCGGCUUCCAUGCCCUCAUUCCUUCCCCCAUCCUACCAGGCCGCAACGACUCCCAACUCGCCCAUCAUUCCAACCCAACCCAUGCCUCAGCCACAUAUUCCCCAGCAAGCGUACGGCCACAAUCGCGGCCCGUCUGGUGGCGGGAGAGAGCACCCGCCGUACGCCCCAGUCGACUACCCGAGCCAGCUCUCCUACGACUACUCGGACAGUCCCACUCCAGCGGACGGCAGGUUCUCGACACACAGCGCGAACAGCAAUGAGCUGAGCAACGACUUCUCCAACAUGCGGUUGGCCAGCAACGGACCGCAGCCCCGAGUGCCGGCACCGUCAGCGUACGCCGGACCCUACGGCCAGCUGCCUGCCUCUGGCCUUCCUCCUCGAGGGCGCUCCGUCACAGGCGGGCAUCGUCCUCUGCAGCAGGAUGAUCCUGCAGCCAGUGUCUACAGCCUCGACACGGGUAUGAACGCGUACGCACAGCCGCCAGUUCCCCAACAGCGGCAGAUGCCAUACCCCAGCCAAGGCGGGCCACCUUCUCGAAGCGCGUCUAGCGGAUGGCCAAACCAGCCGCAACCGUACACGCCACGAGGACCCGGACAGGCGCCGGUUCCCAACGUCAAUAAUCCAUACUACUCGGCAGCGAACGAUUUCGUUGGGUUGCCGCCAGCUCAGGGUAUGGGAGGGGCAUUCCCAGGGCAGGCAGGUGGCCCCAUUCCUGUUCAAGGGCCAUCAAGGCAAGCCAGCAUGUCCAACCUGGUGCGGACCAACACGUCUCGCUCAACCAUAUCUCUCUCGUCAAUUUCGUCUGCGCCCAGGAUGCCCAUCGAGUCUGUAGGCGCGUCCUCCACUCGUCGACGAGGCGGCGCCGCAGCGAUCGACGUCAGCAAGCCGCCGUAUACGCGAGAGUUUGUGGAAGACUAUCGGAAUCGUAUGAAGGUGGAUCCCGAUCCAGAGGCGCAGUUUGCCUUUACCAAAUAUCUCAUCGAGGCUGCCAAGAAGCUCGGAGACGAGAUUUCGUCGACCGAUCCACGACAGGGCCGCAAGUACCGCGACUCGCUGCUCGCCGAGAGCCUGCGCAAUGUCAAAAAGUUGGCCGAGGGCAAGGAGCCGUACGCCGACGCGCAGUUCUUCCUCGCCAACUUGUAUGGCACAGGGCAGCUGGGCUUACAGGUCGACCACGAGAGGGCCUACUACCUCUAUUUGAUGGCGUCCAAAUUGAAUCACCCUGCUGCGACGUACCGUGCGGCCGUGUGUUGUGAGUUGGGCGCAGGGGUCAAGCGAGACCCGAACCGCUCGGUCCUCUUCUACCGCAAGGCUGCGGCGCUCGGUGACACGGCGGCAAUGUACAAGCUGGCGUUGAUCCUACUCAACGGUGUCAUGGGCCACCCACGCAACCCGCGUGAGGCGUUAGUGUGGUUGCGCCGUGCCUCAGCACAAGCCGACGAGGACAACCCGCACGCACUGCACGAGCUGGCGCUACUCCACGAACGGCCAAACAACGGCACAAACGGUGUCAUUCCGCACGACCCCAUUGCUGCACGUGAGUAUUUAACUCAAGCAGCUCAGCUCGGCUACGCCCCUGCCCAGUUCAAGCUCGGCUCGUGUCACGAGUUUGGCACACUCGGCUUCCCGAUCGACCCGCGCCGCAGUAUUGCGUGGUACACGCGUGCGGCGGAGCGUGGCGACGCCGAGGCCGAGCUAGCCCUCAGCGGCUGGUACCUCACAGGCUCAGAGGGCGUGCUUAAGCAGUCGGACACCGAGGCCUACCUGUGGGGCCGCAAGGCUGCAAACAAGGGUCUUCCCAAGGCCGAAUAUGCGGUUGGAUACUACACGGAGAUUGGUAUCGGCGUCAAACAGGACAUGGAGCUGGCCAAGCGGUGGUACAUGCGGUCAGCGAGCCAGGGCAACAAGCGAGCGAUGCAGCGCCUCGCAGAGUUGAACAGCAACCGGGGCAUCAAGGGCAGCGGCAAGCGGCCGACACGCAAGGAUGCCGAGGGAGAAUGUGUAGUCAUGUAG